AUGAUCCCCCAACGAGAAGAAUUGCGUUUCAGCGCUACCCCUAUUUGUGCACCCCAAGGUAAGUCAAAAUGUUUAAUCUUCCUUUCAUAUUUUGAUAUUUCGUUAAAUGCUAACCUAAAAUCCCCCAUUUUAUGGACUAUCUUACGAAAUCCUAUCGGUAUUUUUUUUACUGCAUCCUAGACUUUACUUCAAAUUCUAACGGAGUUCGAGGAGGCAGGUGACGCAAUCUAACACGGAAAACAGACCAUUCGUUAUUUUUUUCGGUAGUGCCUGCAAUACCUGCUUGCCCGGCCCCCCGAUGUAGCCGACAGUACACCGAGAAAAAAUUGUCGUACAGCUGAUGAAAUUGUGUUUUUACGAAUGCUGUUCCUGAGCCCUUACAGAUUUAUAGCGAUGCCACCUCUGAAGGAGAAGACCUGGGCCGAUCUCGUAGUCUGUAGAAUAGGACUGCGCUGUUUGAAUGGAAAGGGGUUUUAUGCAAGAUGGACAGGUAAACAAGAAUGCAAGGCGUAAAACGACUUCAUUUCUGACAGAAAUUUUCAGAUUGAUCGUCUUCAAGUGAGUUUUUCUCUAAUCUUCGCUAAGUCGUCAGUAUCUGGUGUACUUUGAGCUGCUUCGUUUGUUCGACAACCCGAAAUAGGGAUGCUGCAUUUUUAACGCAAGCGGUAAUGCAGCUCCCUCCCCCCUCCACACCUUGUAUGUUAUCCCGCUGCACUGGAUGCUCAUCUGCUUACGCGCAGUCAUCUAGAAACGUAGUGUCCUCUCCUCCACAGGGUCCACUGGAAACAGAAGAGAGGCGUAAAAGCCUCAACCUUGGUGAGCAGUCUAAAGUACGUGUAGUGGCAACAGAUCGGUUUCAUGGCCACAUAUUUUACUCUGAUCAAUUCCAUCCUCUGCGAGCUGCACACUGUGGGCGGAAGGCACAGAAAGGUAUAUAUUUUCAUAGGUAUUUUGGCAGAUUUUAAAUAAUUCUUAUUGGUCCAACUGUGAAAAACUCGGCGCCUCGGCGGUAUUCGAACCCACGCAAAAAAGAAAGGCUUUAGUACAGCCAGUGUUUUAACCAUCUGAACUACGAGGCCCCUCCGGGCGACGCGAGUUUAAUCACAUUUGGGUCAAGUUACCCGCCCAACCUACUGCAACGUCUGGAAUCCACCAAAUCCCAUACAGUAAGUGAACUGGCCAAGCAGGAUUUCCUAAGUAAUUCGCCUAGAAUCCACCAGAUGACUGCCAGGCUCUCGUAAUUCAUAGGUAUUUUGGCAGAUUUUAAAUAAUUCUUAUUGGCCCAACUGUGAAAACCCGGCGCCUCGGUGGUAUUCGAACCCACGCAGUAAGAGGAAGGCUUUAGUACAGCCGACGCUCUAACCACUUGAGCUACGAGGUUCCGCCGGACGACGCGAUUUUAAUCACAUUUGGGUCAAAUUCGAAUACCACCAAGCAGCCGAAUUUUCCGCAGUUGGGUCAGUAAGAAUAUAUAUUUUCAGCAAAGCCUGAGGCUCAGCACACGUUAGUAGCGAUUCAGAUUUUUUCAGCAUAAAUACCGAAUAGGUCUUUGAUUAUUACAUCAUUCGGGGAGACAGGAUCGGUAAGGCAAUAAAAUAACCUAAAAAAGUCAAUCAUUGCCUGCUGCCGUAAAAUGCGUAAAAAAUUCUACACCACAGUGUUAUAACCUGCGGGAACCAUUGCGUGAGACAUCGCUGCGAUCCCUUUAGUCGUCACACUCACGCAUGAAAGAACACUGAAAGCUGUAGCGACUAAGCGGUGAUGGUGUACGCUCAGUACGCCACAACUUCAGGCCAUAUCCCAAGUUGUUAGAAGCAGGACGCCAUUUGGUUAGGACACUUUAUUCUGUACAGAAUAGUGAAGGAGAAAGUUGGCAACCGGACGAGGAUGCGUCCGGCGCCGCGGAGGUGGCGUCCGCGAGAGCGACGAGCCGUGUGUUGCCAAAUGUCGCCGCUGCAAAUGUGUCGCUGCAGAUUGUUUACUCUAUUGUUCUGGACUGUUCCCGCCUGUCUUAUCAAUCAGCGUUAGGAGCUGCGUUGAUCGGCUCCGAGCCCACGCGAAGGUAGUGACAAGCCUCGCGUGGUGCAGGCAGAGAAUCGACCGAACGCGUGGUGCAGACAGUGAAUUGCAACGAGACAAAUCGAAGCCGAGCAGACGUGCGUGCCAUAGCAGGCUGUCGCUAGGGCGUAGGUGCAGGCGCUAGCGAGAGGCGCGACGUAGCCAUUAUGGCUGUCCACUAUAAAGCAUGCUGUCAUAUCUCCGAAUAGGUAAUAUACAGAAUUAAGAUGUCGUCCGCGAGCUUCCUAAACUCAGUGAACAGUUUCCAUAUAAAGUGCCGAUUGUACCUGCCUGCAACGCUGUUACUGUAAGGUUUGCGGCUGUUUUAAAGUCUGUGCAAUAAAGGAGGUCUUUGCACUAACCGCAAUGUAUUAGACCUUUCGCUUUCUAAUAUCAUGUUUAUAAAUAGCUUUUAAACGCCAGUAUGGCGGCUGACCAACUGAAUACGAGUGUUUGCCCUUAAAUAAAGAUAAAACAUCAACAAACCCUUGUCUUCGUCCUCUAAAAAAUUUGUCACUAUUUUUUCCCUUGCGAGCCACUUGAUGGAGGAUGUUGGGAGGAAUUAUUGAUAGGACAGCGCACAAAAACCGGUGAACUGAUCGUCUUUAGGGUGAUCAGAUUCGAUCACGGUUGGGACUACGUGUCUUUAGUGCCGACCUCCAUUGCGGCCCUUAACCACAAUAUGUAAUGAGUGCAGGCCUGACAACUUGCUGCGUAGCCCACACCUGUUUGCGCGUUGUCACGUCCGACCUUACAAGGCUUACUCAGUCUCCGCUACCUGCGCAAAUAUGGUUUAUCCAACUGUUAAAUUUGUCCGCGCUCACGACUGCAGCCGAUACAAGUGACCUCCCACCCUAAUGCACCAGCAUGACUGACGAAGACUUUGCUUGGUCCUUCAGAAAGGGGACAUUUCCGUGUGUAUUCACGAUGAGGUUGGUGUGGUCUUGUGUCGGUGUGAGGAGCCGGUGCCUCUUCCUUCGCUGGCCCUGUAAUUUCUCAAAUUCUUGCCUGCCAGUCCCUUCCUCGACCGUCGGCGCACACUCCUGACACUUUCCUGUUGAUGCCGGAAGCGCUGCAUUCCCCACCGAUUGUCACGCCGAUGCGCUGGGAUUGUUGCCAACGGCCAUGUAUGGCGUCCUUGUUCAAGGCUCCGCUGCGGAAGGCCAUUCGCCGUCGCAGCGAGCGGUUUCGGACACGUUAGCCGCAGCCACUUGGCCGAUUUCAACUCGGACGCACAUGCGCCCACAGAGUCGCAGCUGCCCACGCGCCAUUUGAACACACCACGCCCCUGUGAAUGUAACCUACUCCAUGUCAACAGCACUCCUCGACAAAUGCAAUGUAGACCAACUGGACAUCAUUUGAGCCUGCCGCACAAACCUGCAAAAGCGGCUGCCACCACUCGCCUCAUUCUCCCUCUCAGACACGACCUUACCCCCAGCACAUGCUCUGGCCUCACCAUCGUCCACUGGCGCCUGAGAGGGCAACUCAGUGUUCGUACAUGACAAACCCCUCGUUUUGGUGAUUUCUGUCCUUUCCUACAACACGGGGAUUGACUUGAUGAUCGUAGCGCUCUGAGCGAGGUUCCGCAACGAUGACUGCUUCCGCCAACUUCCGAAAAUGACGACAAAAUCGGACAGGGACGACCAGAAGCAAUAUCGGGCUGAAAUAGCGACCUCUAUGGAACAGGCCUCGAACGUUAGUGACACUCAAAAACUCUACCAACUUACUGCCAAGUUAGUGAUAAGCCCCCUACACUGAGUGACUCUGUUCGCGAUGUUAACGGCGGCUUUAUUGCUGACAACUCGGCCAAAGUCGAACUCUGUCGCGAGCACUUCAAGCACCAUCUCAACUUUGAUACCCAACCUACCUCGCCCUUGCUCUCCUCUUCAGCGGAGUUUCUUCCCUCUCCCACCUAUGCAGUGCCAUGCAACCCCCUCCCCUCCUCCUCUAAUGGAGAAGGAAAGUUGCGCAACAAUAAGGCACCAGGAGAGGACGGUAUAACCUCUGAAAUCUUCAAGUCCUGUGUCGACACUGACGCCCUAGCUCCAUGA